UAUAUAACAAAUAAUUUGAGCAUGACAAAAGAUGAGUUGAAUGAUCAGCCACACAACGAGAAUUCAGACAAUUCAGAAGACAAACUGAUAAAUGAAGUGAAUGGUACACAAAAAAAUGACCCGCAAGCUGAAACAAAAGAUACCCCGAGCCCCAAAGACAAAUCGCAGUCUUAUUUUAGUUGGUAUCUUUUGACAGCUAUUGCCCCAUCCUUGUUGGCAUUUAUCAUCCUUCACCUUCUCUAUGCUAACCAGAACGUACAGCACAACUUCCCAUCAUACAGAGAGGCAUGUAUGAGUGGACAGUUCAGCUCAUUAAAAGAACUGCAUCAAUUUGUGAGGGAAGAUAUAACUACAGUUGAUGGGGAACUUGCUAGAGAUGACUUUCUCAACACUUAUUAUUGGAAAGCUAAGCCUGUUCUCAUGAAAGGGGCAGCCAAACACUGGCCAGCCUACACUCACUGGACAGACGAGUAUUUGCUGAGUAACCUCUUCGACCUCAGCUUCUAUGUGGACCUCCGCAAGCAUCAUUCAACCAGCAAACCAGUCAGGACGAAAAUGAACAUUGGGAAAUUCCUCCGUAAUUACAGAGAUAACGACUGGUAUUUAGACUCAAUGACUUCAGAUGAUAGAUUCUUAGAUGAGCUUAUAGUGCCUAGCUAUCUGAAUCUGACUGGGCUAUUCGAAUUUACAGACGAAAAUGAUUUUUAUCAAAACUUUUAUCUGAGCUCGGGAAAUACUAACUCCCCUCUUCACUUUGACGGAUUUGCUAACUUACUGACAGUAUUAGAUGGUACUAAAGAGUGGAUAAUAGCAGAACCAGACGCCUCUCUCCAACUUCAGAUGGACCAAUGGGUAGACUUCCCCAACCUGUCCCCCCUCAAUGUUACUAACUUCUCUAUUGCAGACCACCCGGGACUUUGUAAUGUUACAUGGAAACGUGCUAUAGUAGAACCAGGAGACACCCUGUUUGUGCCACUCCUCCACCCCCACCACGUGUACAGUCCCCCCGGCAGGAACAUGGCAGUAGGAAUGUGGUUCUACCUGGACUCUUAUAAUAUGUUGUUAGAACAGGCUGGCUUCUUCGAGAUAGACAGGAGGAAUAUUUCGGGGAGUUUGGCGCUGUAUCAGCAACAUGUGGGGUCUAGACCUAAACCUUGUGAUAUUACCGAGUGCUCUCCCCUUGGUGCUGGUUCACUACGUGCCCACGUGUCUGAACAAUCCGAGCAGUACAGUAGAGAUUCAGAUGUUCCCCCUCCUGCUAAGUUCCCUAUAAAACAAUACAACAGUGAGACUGCUUACAUACCUGGAAUUGCAUUCGGGACCGGGCUUCCUGGGGGUUCAAUAGAUAACGUGUAUUUGAACACAAGGGCAGCCCUAGAUAUGGGAUACAAGCUUAUUGACACAGCUGUUAUGUAUGGUAACGAGGAAGAAAUAGGUAGAGCUGUGAGAGAUUGUAAGUGGAUGAGAAGUUCAGUUAAAGUUGUCACUAAAAUAAUGUGGAGAAAUACAGGGGAAGCUGAUCUACACAAAGAAAUGGUUGCAUUGAUAGAAGGGUCCUUACAGAGAUUGGAUCUGGAGUACAUUGACAUAUUGCUCCUUCAUAAUACAGAUCACAUUCCUAAUUUCGAGCAGCUAACUGUUGUUUGGAAAGCUAUGGAAAGUUUCGUGUUGUCAGGAAAGGUACUAGCUAUUGGACUGAGCAACACUGAGAUUACUUAUAUUAUGCACGUGCAAUCUGUUGCUUCUGUUCCCAUCAGCAUUGUUCAGAAUAUCUUCACCCCCUUCGAACAUGAUAGAGAUGUCUACAACUUCUGCUUGGAACAUGAGAUAUUGUUUAUGGCUUAUGGAGUAUCAGGGGACUACUACAUCAAAGAAGGAGCAGCCAUAAACCCCGUGUUAGAAGAACCUCUGAUAACCGACUUGUCGGAACUAUACCAUACCUCCAAACAUGCCAUUCUCUACAAUUGGGCUGCUCAGAGAGAAGUAAUAUUAAUAACACGAACCACGAAGCUUUCUCACAUGAAGGAGAACUUGGGCUAUCUGGACGUGUUUCUUAAUUCCGAUCAUAUGCAGGAUAUCAACGACCUUCACGAAGAGGACUAGAAGCGUAACCAUGGUAACCAUGGUGACCGUUGCCAACAUGGUAACCAUGGUAAUCAAUGGCAUCAUGGUGAUCCAUUCUGGAGGAGUGAACAUCUUUAACAUUUUUAAUUACUGUUAACAAUUUCUUGAUUUCCCUUGUGUUGUUGAUUAGUGUUUAAUAAUUAUCGAUGAUUAUUUUAUUAUGGUUGAAGCAGAGGCAAAAUAACAAUGCGACUUUAGCAAGUUAUUGGAGCUUUCUUUUAUUUUCACAGUUAUUUAUUUAAUUUUAAGUCGUUAAACACAUCAAAAUUCUUUUAAAUGAUGUUAAAUGAUGUAUUUACUUUACUUUACUUUACGUUGUUUAGCUGCAAGGCAGCAGGGUCGUCUAUAAAACCCACCCUUUUUCUUUUACUUCGGACAACCAUGGCCGGCACCAGCACUUACAGGAACCCGAAGGAUCGAUAACUAAGUCCAGCGAUUUAUGCGUCAUAAGUAAUGCAUAAAAUAAAAUAUGUUUUGGGAUCUUAAUCUGAAUAUUGUUAUUUGAAAUAUUCUAAAAUUAACUAUUAAUGACGAUGACGAAAUUAGGGUAAUUACUUGUGUUGGCUGAAAAUUUGUCACAAUUUUAAUUUUAUUUAACUAAAAGA